CUUUGAGAACGUUCUACUGCACAUCGGUUUUGUAGAGAUCGGAGAAACAACACAGGAUUUCAUAAACGAAAACAAUCCCACGACUGUAUUCGAUAUUAUUUCUCCCCAACGAGCAAAAUGUCGAAACCGGUGAAAGUCGCCAUCCUAGAUGACUACCAGAAUCUAGCACCAGCCAAAUUCGAAUCGCUAGUCUCUUCUGGUCGUGUCGAGCUGACUAGCUUCACCGAAACGCUGGACACUCGCGAUCCCAAAGACAGAACGGCGUUGAUUGAGCGACUGCAGCCGUUCGAGGUUAUUUCGACGAUGCGCGAGCGGACUGUUUUCACAGAAGAUGUGCUUAAAGCACUGCCUAAUCUGAAGUUACUCCUUACGACAGGUCUUCGUAACGCGUCCAUCGAUUCUGUCGCGGCUGCGAAGCACGGCAUUAUCGUCGCGGGGACGGAGAGUCGUUCGAAGGCUGGGCCCGACGCUACCACACAACAUACGUGGGCGCUGAUUCUGGGGUUGGCGAGACAUAUCGCUCGAGAUGAUCUCGCGGUUAAGAGUGGCGCGUGGCAGGGCCCGACAUUGGCGCUUGGUCUGCCUGGUCUGACGCUCGGUUUGUUGGGCCUGGGUAAACUGGGUGCAGCAACGGCACGAAUUGCCGUCCUCGCAUUCAACCUGAAGGUGAUCGCAUGGUCGUCUAGUCUGACGCAAGAAAAGGCCGACGAGACCGCUAAGAGUCUCGGUUUACCGGUCGGUUCGAUCCGCGUGGCGUCCUCAAAGCUGGAUCUUUUUCGCACCGCGGAUAUCGUCAGUGUGCAUUAUGUGCUAUCCGAGCGGAGUCGAGGCAUAGUUGGCAAGGAGGAGCUGGCGGCUCUGAAGCCAAGCGCCUUGUUGAUCAACACAUCUCGAGGACCGUUAAUCGAUGAAGCAGCGCUCUUGGAGACUCUGAAGGCUGGUCGGAUCCGUGGGGCGGCGUUGGAUGUCUUUAACAAAGAGCCUCUUCCCGUUGACAGCGAAUGGAGGACGACGAGAUGGGGCGAGGAUGGACGUAGUGAGGUGCUCCUUUCGCCGCAUAUGGGAUACGGUGAAGCAGACAAUAUCAGUUCGUGGUAUGCGCAAACGGCAGCCAAUUUGGAGCACUGGUUGGAUGGAAAGGCGGUUCCCAAUCGAUUGAAUUGAUUUGUAUGUAUGGAAUAGUCUAUCUUGGCGAGGUCAUCGGUAGAGUAUCUGCUAUGUUGGCAUUUGCACUGGAUGACUGGAUAAGCAUUGGUAGUGUCUCAACGAGAUUGGGUUGUGGCCAAGCACGCAACGAGAUUGAAACUCUUUGGUAGUUUCUGGAAGCUAAUUUCAUGUGAAUAUGGACGUGUGUC